AUGAAAGUGCAGCUGCCGAUGCUGAUGUGCUCUACAUCUACCCCCAGGAGGAUCACAACGGCGGCUUUGCUUUUUGUAGACAGGGGUAUAUCGACCCGCACCUGUGCUUCCGCCUCAUGUCCAUGGCUCGUCAUUUCUCCGUGCAUUUCGUGCGUGUGGCAUCGGUGCAAGAAGCCAUCGCCUACGUGA